AGAUAAUUGCCAAAAUUCGAAAAUUGAUACUACAAGCUGAAGUUAAUCUGAUUCAAAAAGUAAAAGUUGUUUUGAAUAAAGAAUAACAAGUGAUCAAUUGGUAUUUUCAAACUGAAUAUACUACUGCAAUACUGUUUAAUUGUCAGAAAAGGCUUUGCAGUGUAUAAGACGGUAUAUCAAUAUUUUCUUAGAUCAAAGAAAAUGACAAUGUGAUUACAGCGGACUUAAGAAAUUCACAAAUAGGAAUGAAGUGGACCUUAAUAGAACAGUUAAUUCUAUACACGGAGUUUUUAUUGAGUAUCUAAAACAAACCUGGGACUUCAGAAUGAAACAAACUUGCCACUUUGAUAUUAGCAAGCAAGUGUGAACAAUUCACAGUGCAUACUAGUUGAAUAUUGUUAUAAAUAAGCACAGCACAAAACCAUGGAAACAUGCACAAUAACUGUGAUGGACAUGUUGAAACUGUGAACUCAAAUAUGAAUUAAUGACCAUAAGACUGAGAUCACGUGGAAAAAUGAGCAAAAAACGCACUAAAUUGUUGGAGACGGUUAUAGAAGAUUUAGAUGGAGAGAGGGGGCCCGGGGGAGGUCACAUAGAGGGCGUUCGGCGGCGAACCAGAACCGGACCUGGGAAGGCAAGGAAAAAAUCGCCGAGUAAAACGUUAGUAGUAAAAAUACCGACUGGAAAUAAGGACAUUGAUAACAGUAAGGUAAUUAUUAAAGGUAAUGCCGCGGCCAGCAAUGGACCUAAGGAAACGGUCACCGAUACUAGUGAUAUUCAGGAAAAAUUAGCAAAAUCCGAUGCCAAUAACAAUCAGGAAGAAGCCGUAAAUGGCUAUAUUCAGACACCGGGGCAAGACUCAUCAAAUGAUACCGGAAAGGUUUCAACGGAAAAGUCGCAGGAUGCGGUGUAUGGAAUGUUUACCAGGACGAAUACCGAACGAUCUUUGUUCAGUACCGACACGAAUGCUAGUGGAAGUGUUUCUUUUUCCGAUCCUGCUAAAAAAUCAUCGGAUACUUUCCUAACGCUCCCCAAAAGACCCAAAUCUGUUGGAGGAUGGACAAAGAGAGAACUUGACUUAUUUCUUCCACGCAAAACAUUUUUCAGUGUGCAUGACAAGACUCUCGAAGUUGCGGGGUUAGACACGAAAUCUGAGGAGGAGAGAAAUCGCACACCGGACUGGAGAGCCUUAUUGCGCAUGCACACCAUGGAUGAACUUCACCCCCCAAAAAAUGAUAAAACGGAGGAGAAAGCAUCAUUUUUUGUACACAAACCCGACUCCGACGACGAGGAGGGACAAACGUCUCUAGAUACUAUUGAAACAGCUGUCGGUAGCAAGGAUCAUGCGAGUCACUCCGCCAAAAAGGUUAAAGCCAAGAAACUUGCCAUGCAAGUCAACAGCGACAAAGAGGAAUACAAGCCUUUACUAGAUUACCUGAAGCACAUUCACGAAAACCCGGAUGAGUACAUUAAUAUGUCUAAAUAUACUCAUAAAAACACUGACCACAAACACCCGGACACAAUGGUUCGCCUGGGUCGUGCAUUCCGUCGAGGCCAUCACGGAGCUGUCCGAAACAACAUAUUUUUACAUGCAAUAGCCGGGCUGAAACCGAAAUGUGCCGAUACAGCAACCAGUAGCCAACGAACAAUUCGAGGGGACAAUGUGGGCACUAAGAAGGCCACAGAGAACAUCACCAGCUCUAUGACCAACAUUUCUAGCGACAAAACGGCCGCGCAGGACGACACGGAAUUGGAAAAGCUGAAGAAAAAGGCGGAGACGCUGAUGCAUAAGAUGUCGACCCAACAUUUUAUGAAGGCAAAGGAACUAGCGCUCCGUGAGCUUGGGGAGGAGGACUUGAACAUCUCCAAGUGGUGGAUCGCCUUCCAAUCGUGCCACUACCUCCGCAUACCAAAGUACUUCGACGGCACCGCUUAAACAACCCCAUCAUCAUCGGCUGUCUCCAUCGUCAAUACUAAGUGGAAUUAUUGUAUUGCUGUCGAACACCCUACCCAUCUUCAUUCCCAUCCCCACAUUCAAACCGUCGCAUAGAUUUGAUUUAAAGGCGUACAGAUAAACAAAUUUUAUUAAUCAUUAAAAGUGCUAGUCAACCGAAUGUCCAAUACCAUUGAAAUAUGCAACUUUGCCGGUACUAUUUUAACUUGUCAACAUGAUACUUAUUAAGUAUUAAAUAAAUUAAUUUUCGGGUGGGGGGGGGGGGGCACUGAUACUUACAUGUAUUUUCAUGUCACUAUGGAUUACUUGUGAUAUCAACUAUUCUUAAUCGUCUAUAAUUGGUGUAAUUGAAUGUGUUUUGUGCCAUAAUUGAAAAAUUGCCACUUAAUGAAAGUUACGACGUGAACUGAUGCAAUUCGUGGUAACAGUACUUUUUCUCAUUUCUAUAUUAUCAUGUAUUGCACACAAAAAACUAUCAUGAAUAUUAAAUCUUUACAUAAAAACCUUCUCUAUUUAUUACAGGAAUAAAAUUUAAUUGGUAUA